AGUAGCAGAAUUGGCCAAACGCCAGCGUGCAUCACGGUCCAGGCCACAGAGUGCAGCUGCAAAGAUGUCCAUAUUGUGUCUGCAUUCACAACUACAGCUUUUAGUAACUCCGUAGCUGCCCUCUGAAAGGGGAAACAACCUUUUAGCAGCUGCUGCUACUGCUAGCUGCAACAUAAGAAGAAGAAGCUCUGAUGUGACAGCUGACAGAGAGGAAUGGCAGGAGAAACCAUAGGAUCUGAUUAGGCUGGCUGUGUGUUGGGGGUUCACAGUGUGGAAAUAAUGUCGUACAGUAACAGAGAGCUGGUGGAGUUCUUUGUAAGCUACAAGCUGUCUCAGAGGAACCACCCGACCUCUCUACUUAGGCCAGAGGGUGCUGAAGGAAGGACUGAGCGAGACAAGGCCAGCUCAGCUGCCAGUAACGGCUUGCUGGUCAACAGCAGGAAUGGGGGAAGUCAGCCGGGGACGUCAUCACCCCCGCAUGGUGACAUAGAAGCUGUAAAGGCAGCUCUGCGGGACUCAGCAGAUGAGUUUGAACUGCUUUUCACGCAAUCAUUUAGUGACCUUUCCUCGCAGCUAGACAUCACUCCUGACACAGCCUACCACAGCUUUAAGAGCGUGAUGGACGAGGUGUUCAAGGAUGGAGUCAACUGGGGACGUGUAGUGGGCCUGUUUGCCUUUGGCGGUGUGCUGUGUGUGGAAUGUGUAGAGAAGGAUAUGAGCGAGCUGGUUUCCCGCAUCACAGACUGGAUGACCACGUACCUGGAUGAGCACAUCAAUCCAUGGAUCCAGACCCAAGGAGGAUGGGACUGCUUUGCUGAGAUUUUUGGGCAGAACAGCGCUGCAGAAGCGAGGCGAUCUCAGGAGAGUCUGAGAAGAUGGCUGCUAGUUGGAGUCGCGCUGCUCAUGGGAGUGCUGGUCGGUGUGGUCAUCGCCAAGAAUCACUGAAGGUGCCGCAUCUCGUUCACCACGGCACACCCUGUGUAAUGCUACGCCAAGAACAGUACAACUAAAUAGUUGAUGUUUACAAAAAGCCCAGUCUGCUUGUGCACUGACAGAAUGUGGAGUGGUUGAAGCAGUUUGUGGGAGUAUCCAUAAAAUGUAGCUUGGUGAGCUGUAACACUCCUCACCCCGCUUUGUCUUGUGUCUUUUAUUUUUUUUAACACACAGCAGAGAUUUCAGAUGUUAGAGGGAGUUAAUUUCCAGACUGGAAGUGCUUUAAAUUAACCUGAUAAGCUAAGAGACAGUGAAACAGAUUCAGCUGGUUUGAUGAGACUGCUUAUUUUUAUUUUUUUCCCUUUGUGUGUUAUCCAAGGACCAAUUUUUUAUAACUUACAAACUGACGGACAGAAUAUAAGUUAUACUUCCUUUUCACUGUGUAAUGCUCAGCUCAUUUUGUUGGCUGUACUGGAGUUUUAGGCAUGCUUGAAAAAUAAAUAUAUUUAUGUUUUU